AUGUUGAAAUCAAACAAGUAUUCAGAUAGAAGAAGCAAAAGAAUUGAAGAACAAACUCGAUUUUUCAGAACAAAGAUCACCAGAAAUUGCAAAGACCGACUAACCUCACUCCCAGACACCCUCUUGGUCGAAAUUCUCUGUCUUCUCCCACUCAAAUCUGCCGCCGCCACCUGCGUUUUAUCCCGGCGGUGGCGCCACCUCUGGACCCUACUCCCCCACCUCGUCUUCGAUGGCGGAGAUCUCGUUGACGAUUACUGGAGUGCUGAAUCAAGAUUCAUCAAAUUCAACUCCACGGUAAACCACAUCCUCCAACAGCUAACCUCACCGCACAUCCAUACCUUCGACCUCCGUAUCUCUGACCUCGGCAUAGAAGAACAAGUUUGCUCCGCGUCUUUGGAAGCCUGGAUUCGUCUACUUGCAGCCCGAAAUGUGGCUACAAUCAAGGUAUUUUCGGAUUUCGUUUGGUUACCAACUUGUAUGUUUGAAAUUCAGUCACUAGUAAAGCUUCAAUUGGUUGGAUGUUAUGACUCGACGUUGCCUAAAAUUGAAAAUGUUAAACUCCCUAAUCUGAAGAACCUUGAAUUAAUCUACAGUCAGGUCGACCCUGAAGAAACUUUGUGGGAAUUAAUUAAAUUUUGCCCACUUUUGGAAGUGCUAUCUUUGUUAUUGGAGUAUAUUGAAGUUAUAGAUAUAUCAGCUCCAAAUUUGAAGUCCUUGAUAAUUAAGCAAAUACCGUGUGGCGUCAAGUUGGUAAUUGAUGCACCUAUGCUAGAACACAUUGCGCUAGAUGGUUUCCUUGGAGAUUAUUGCUUUGUCAAGUGUUUAACUAGAUUGGUUAAGGCUGAUCUUUCCAUUCGGGAUUUUAUCUACUCUCCGAGUGGCUUAUUUAGAAAAAUACCAUCACUUCUUCAAGGGAUUUCUAGUGUUAAGUCUCUCCAAUUGUCAAAUGCUCCUAGUUUCUUCACAUCACUUAAUUGCUUGUAUGUUGAUGUUGGUUCAAUCUUCCGCAACCUGACCCAUCUAAUCAUGGAUGACUGCAACGACGAGAGAACCAAUGUCAAAAAUCCAAUACCGGUGUGCUUAUUAAGUAAGCUCAAGGUGAUAGAAAUGUUGAAUACGAAGUGGAAUGCCGAUUAUGUGAAUUUACUAGAUUACAUUCUAAGUAAUGUAAAUGUCUUGAAACGGCUUUAUGUUUCCUCCGUUUAUGAUGAGAGUAUUAAUUAUAAAGAUGAUGAUGAUCCUGAGGAGCAAGACUUUAAAAGAGGUCAACUAUGGUGGGAAUACGAGUUAUCUAAUACAUUGUUAAUGAUUCCAAAGAGUUCCCUAACUUAUGAGGUUGAAUUUGUUGGUAAUUACAUCCGUGUCUCGAGUGAUAAGUCCCAAAAUGGAUUGAUUCGAACAUCGUGCAUAUCUACAUGGGGGUGAUCAAGACACAUAACAGUUCAGUUCAAAGUAUGGAAGACAGGAAGAGGAAACAGACAUCUGACCAAAAUGAUUGGGCCCUUUUAUUGAGACAUCCGAAGCUGUAUGCUUGGUUGGAAAGUUUCUCAUCAUCAUGGGGCAAUUGCUUCAUCGACACUAUUCCUGCAGGGGUCAGUAAUGUCUGCUUUGAACUUUAUGGUCAUUGCAUUUACCUACUUAAUCUAAAUCACCUUCCCUCAACUUGGCGGUCAACUUAUUAUUCACACAAAAUUAAGCUGUAGCAUAAUUUUGAUAGUUUUUUGAUGAUAUGCCGAAUCUAGUCUAAACAUGAUCACCAGCAGUCGUGGUUCAUAGCUGUAUACAUCUCUUUUCUGCCCUUUCCUGGAUGAAAUCUCUUCACAGUUUAGUCUUGCUAGUGUAUUUGAUCCAGCUAGAUGAGUUCAUUAAAGUAACAUUCUUUUUCCUUUCCUUUUCAUGCACUACAUAUUCUUUAAACUUAUAGAUUGUUGUCUCUCUUUUUCUUGGAGUAGCUUUCACAGUUGAGGAAAAGUAGUAUUUGUUGUUUCCCAGCAUUAGAGAGAAUGAGAAUGGCUGAAAGUUAAAUUUGGAUAUGGUCUUUUUGGUCCCGUUGUCGGUAAAGUUAAGAAAAUAUGACUGGAUUUUGACUUUGGUUUAAAGUAAAUGAGAUAACAUUUUGCAGUGAAUUGUUCUGUAUUUGUUUUUCGUAGUUUUAUCAGUUCAUUCUUCUCACACAAAGGUUUGCACAAACAACUACAAAGUAUUAUGUAACUCCUGAGGAUCCACAAGGGAAGGUUGUGCGAGUUUGUCCUUGUUUUUUGCUAUGACUUUAAGCUAGUGUUUAAAAUAUUGCU